AUGCUUAUGACGCAGACUGCUGUGUCGGCACUCACUGCAGCCCAGAAAAACACUUCUUACACCUCCCGUGGCGAGCUCAAGAGCCUCGACCGAAUCGACACCUCGAGCACGGCGCCGUUGGAUCGCUCCAACGCCGACCGCAGCAACAACAACGACUACUACCAACCAUACUCGACAAAUCUGAUGAAUGGUCUAGCAGGAACGGCACCCCCGCCGGGCGCCAUGUACGUCAAGGCGCUCUACGACUACGAGGCGGACGAUAGGACAAGUCUUAGCUUCCACCAGGGCGAUGUCAUUCAGGUUAUAACGCAACUUGAGAGCGGCUGGUGGGAUGGUGUCAUUAACGGUGUCCGAGGCUGGUUCCCGAGCAACUACUGCACAGUCGUUACGAACGCCGACGAGAUACCAGAACCGGAGCAGGAUGGCCUCAUGGAUCCAAUGGACGAUGAACAAGAGGAGAUGGGCUAUGGAGACGACUUCGACGACGAUGACGGCUCAGACCAAGACGAUAUCGCAGGCUUGCCUCUAGAGGGAACAGAUACAGGCGAUAGGUCAAGAGCCGACUUCUGGAUACCGCAAGCCACCCCAGACGGCCGCCUGUUCUACUACAACACCAUGACGGGAGAGAGCAGCAUGGAGCUCCCGCUGGAGUCGCCGUCAUCGGUUAACGAGACAGGACCUAGAGACCGCAUGAAUGUCAACAUGCCGGAAAGGACACGGCCUCCGCCAGAAAUGAUGGCGAGGGGGUUCAUGCAGGAUGAAGACGAAGACUCUGCCAACUCUGCGUCCGAAUUGGACGGUGAAUCGAUCAUGAUGGCUUCCCGGGGUUCAAUGCCUCGGAAUCGUAGAUCGGGCAACAAUGCUAUUAACCCUGCCAUUUCUAUAGAGUCUAUGAAUGGCCAAUCUCCCAUAACGCGGGCAGGGCGAAAUGAAUUCCUCGGUCAAACACCGAAUAUCGCUUCUGCCACCUCUUUCACCAGCACCGCCUUCAACCUGCCGACUGCCGCCACUAUUCCCCGCUCUUUCUUCGAUGAUGGGUCUACGCCGCCACUCACAUGGAGCCGAUUAGUCUCCAACAUGAAGAAGGCUAUCGACCGGUAUCGUGAGGCUAUCACAAGCGGGAACAGAUCCGAGUAUGUUGCUCGGGCGGAGGAUAUUUCGGAUCACCUGCGACUCCUUCUCGCGGCCGGAUCAGGAACCACAGAUAACCAUUCCGGCCAACCUUCCAUUAUAUCCACCAACAAGGCUCUCUACCCUCACUUCCGAGACAUGAUGUCCAAGUUCUCCAAGCUGGUCAUAUCAUCACAUAUAGCUGCUGCUGACUGGCCCAAUGCGGAGUCCGUGCAGAAAUGUCUGCAAGAGGCAGACGGCGUGCUGCUUGGCGUGUUCAGUUAUGUCGAGGUUGCCCGCCAGCAGAGGGGCGAAGAUAUCCCUCGCCUAUUCCCUGGUUUUGUGAUUGGUACCAAUGCCGGUGGCAGCUGGCAAAACAAUGGUUUGGGCCCACGGGAUCCUAUCACAUCCAAUUUUCUGGACGAUGAGGAGGGCUCGGGCGAACCCAAUGCAGUCCUUGAUGGUAAAUUGCUAGAGAGACUGGACGAGUGGAAGCGGAUGCUUGUAUCCAGCAUUCGUGAGCUGGAGAAGAACCUCGUUGUCUCGGAGAAGGUUGUCACUCCCUUUAGGCACGAAGUCAUCGGAAACAAUGUCUGCAUCGCGGGUGGCAAGGUUUUGGAGAUGUUCAAGCCAUGGAUUGCAAUGAUCGAGUCAAUCGACCUCUCGUCGCUCGGCAAUAGCUUCCAGACACCUCAGCUGGCAGAUUUCAGCACGAAUAAGCAGAGCUUGUAUGACAAUAUCUCUGAUCUGUUGUUAGGCUGCCAGGCUGUCGCCGGCCCGCUGGCUGAUGAAUGGUCUGAAGUCAGAGGGGAAGCACUGGAGAACAGGCUCGAGUACGUGAGGCAAUGUGCACGGGCACUGGAGACCAACUCCUCCCACAUCGGCUUCUCACUUCAACUCCUAUCCGAGCAAGUCCAAAUCAACUUACAACAACAAAACGACAGCCGGGUUCGCGAAGAGCAAUUCCAGCGAGAACAGCUGAGGAGAGGAGAGACGAUGCCUUACGAACGUUCGCAUACACGAGCAGAGUCUCGGGGCCUCAUGAGACCAGGCCUGGUGACGUCACAGUCAUUCACCGAAGGAGAUGCUCCGGCGAACAACUUUAGGAAAGGUGACUACUCCAAAGUCAAGAAGAUGUUGGGAGAGGAUCCCACGCCUCAGCAGGCAGUGGAUGACACCCCCGAGUUCCUUCGACUGGAUUAUGAGCAAGAUAUUUCCUUGGACUUCAAGACUCAGCCUCCUGCGGUCAAAGGUGGUUCACUUCUCGCUUUGGUGGAACAGUUGACACGUCAUGACAAACUUGACUCUAACUUCAACAACACCUUCCUGCUUACAUACAGAUCAUUUACUUCCGCACGAGAAUUGUUUAGCCUUUUGGUGAAGAGAUUCAGCAUCCAGCCUCCUGAAGGCCUGAAUCAGAGCGACUACGAAACCUGGCGCGAUCGCAAACAGACUCCUAUUCGAUUCCGAGUCGUCAACAUUUUGAAGAAUUGGUUCGAGAACUUCUGGAUGGAAGAUCCUACAACAGAGGAGACAAAGUCCCUACUUCGUGACGUCUACACAUUUGCCCGCGACACGGUCAAGUCGACUGAGACCCCCGGUUCUGCGCCAUUGAUGGCUGUUCUAGAUCAACGUCUGAGCGGAAAGGAGGUCGGCAGGCGUUUGAUUCAAACACAGAACCAGCCGACGCCAGCACCAAUCAUGCCGAAGAACAUGAAGAAGCUCAAAUUCCUUGACAUCGAUGUAACGGAAUUUGCCCGGCAACUAACCAUUAUCGAGUCGCGGCUGUACGGCAAAAUCAAACCUACUGAGUGCCUUAAUAAGACAUGGCAAAAGAAGGUUGGAGAAGGAGAGCCAGAGCCGGCACCGAAUGUCAAAGCCCUUAUUCUGCAUUCCAACCAAAUGACCAACUGGGUUGCUGAAAUGAUUCUGGCUCAAUCGGAUGUUAAGAAGCGUGUUGUCGUCAUCAAGCACUUCGUCGCUGUCGCAGAUAAAUGUCGGAGUCUCAAUAACUUCUCCACGCUCACUUCCAUCAUAUCGGCCAUUAGCACUGCGCCGAUUGCUCGUCUGAAGAGAACAUGGGACAUUGUUCCACAAAAGACACAUGCUACUCUUGAGACCAUGAGGAAGCUUAUGGGCAACACCAAAAAUUUUGGCGAGUACCGAGAAGCCCUUCACGUGGCAAAUCCACCGUGCAUCCCAUUCUUCGGUGUUUAUUUGACAGAUCUUACCUUCAUUGAGGAUGGUAUUCCUUCCAUCAUCAAGAAGACUAAUCUGAUCAACUUCGCAAAGCGGGCGAAGACCGCCGAGGUGAUUCGUGAUAUUCAACAGUACCAGAACGUGCCGUAUUCUCUCCAGCUUGUGCCAGAACUCCAAGACUACAUCCUGAGUAACAUGCAAGCUGCUGGAGACGUGCAUGAGAUGUACGACAAGAGCUUGCAAGUAGAGCCGCGCGAACGAGAAGAUGAGAAGAUUGUCAGGUACGUAGCAUUGUGGCAGCAGCAAGUGGCGUUCAGCAAGAGUGCUUUGGCAACCCUAUGA